AUGAAUAAAUACACUUUAAGAUUUAAUAAUGAAAAUCUUGAGAGACAGUAUUUUGCAGAUCAAUUUAAUGAACUCUUUAAAUUUUAUACAUGGGCUUGCAUCAUUGGAACUAUAAGUGCAAUUGUAGUUUUUUGUAUGGAAUUUAUCUAGCCAUUUGGAUUUGGAUAAUUAAAAUAUGCAUUGGGAUUAAUUCCUAUAAGCUUUUUAAUCAGUUAUAAGAUUGUUUAGAAGUACCCAGAUCUAUUUAAUAUAAUUCUGGCUUGUACAAACUUUUUACUGGGAGUUAUGAUUUACUUUUUACUAUUUGUCUUUGCAAAUUCUAAUGUUCUUUUUCUAGCUGGGUAAACUGUGGCAAUGGUAUAAAAUAGUCUAUUGAUUGGAUCAAAUAUUGCUGCAAAUUUUUCAAUUUUAUUGGUAAAUUAAAUUGGACUUAUGAUCAUGUGCACUUAUGUCUAGAAUUUUUUUAACUCAAUACAAUUGAUGUUUAUUUUAGCUUUGAUGUUAGUUUUAAAAUCAAUCUGGAUUAACGAGAAAAUGAAACGACUGUUUUUUCUUCUAAAAACUGAUGAUUCAUAGUUACAAUAAUCGUUAGAAAAUGUAUUUUAAUUUAAAAUUGUUCAAUGUUCAUUUAAUGAACAAUUAAACUCAUUUUAAUUAUUACACGUAAAUAAAUAAGCAAAAAAAAUAAUUAAGAAUCAAGAAGAUUUUACAUAAUUUAUAAGAAACUAUAAAGUAGUUUAAUUUUAAAACUAAAAACAUCCUAAAUCAAAUUCUGAAUAGACUAUGAGUGCUUUAGCUUAAUUGAAAUAAACUUUAGAAUAAUUUUUAUUCAAAGUUAUUCAGUAAAAUUUAAGUGAAAGCUCAGCUGAAAUCUCAUCAGAUAAAUUUCAAAAGAUUUAUAGGGUUUCUCUGCAAAAUACUUUAAAUAAUAGAAGUUCAACAAUAAUGAUUCUCCUAUAAGAAGAUACUUAAUUUAAGAAAAUGAUACAACUAAAAAAAAAAAAUAUUCGGUAUAAAUUUUUAAAUCAUCAUUUAUCUAAUUGUUUUGAUUUUACUCGUUUAUCGUUAGGAUAUUUGAAAUCAUUAUUGAAUUAAUAAUAAUUUGUGAAUAGAAAUUAGUAAUUAGUCUUAAAAAAAGCAAUUUAAUUUCUAUAUAAGACAACAUUUGGAUAUUACAAUAUGAAAUUAUUUGUAGGUUCUAUAAAAUUUGGAGAGUUGAAAAACUUCCAUUUUUCUUAACUUUUUAGUGACAUUCAACAAAUGUGGGGAAUAUAUGAUCCGAAAUAAGAGUUGGAGAUUUAUUUUAAAGAAAGUUAAACUCACUGUAAUACAAAUUAUGCAAUGAUUCUUUAAUUGAUUCUAAAUAUAAUAGUUACAAAUAUUAGUUAAUUAGAUUGUUAAAAAAUUUUUGUAAAAGUAAUAAUUUUUCUUAAUAUUUUAAGGCCAUUCAAAGAUAAAUUGAAGGAGUUUCAGUAAUUUGUUGUUUAAUUACAUUUAAAACAGAAUUCAACUAAUUUAGAUAAUACGAGACAAGAGAACAGAGAUAUUUGAAUAUAAUUUUGGAAAAGGUGAACAAGAAAAUUUUAUAAGAAAUAUGUUUAACUAAUAUUUUAUGUAUAACAAAAAAUAAAAAUGAAAGAAUAAUAGAGUUUAAUGUGAUAUAAAACCUAAAUGAAUUUAAAUUGAACCUUGAAAAUACAUAUUAAUUAAAUACUAUUUCGAAUAUUUGA